GAUAAUAAGAUAUGCUGAUAUACAGAUUCACUUAGCAUAUGACAUUGUAAAGUGCAAUCUAAUUUUACUAUGUAAAAGCACCAAUUAUUAUUGAUUUUACUUAUGAAUUUUGGAGAUAUAAAGAAGCAUAUUUAGAUUUGAUGUAAAUUAUCAUUUAGAUAUAAAAUUAUGGCACACACACUGUCCACCAUGUUGGUUGUUUUUACGUUAGGAACCAUAUUGUUGAGGAUACAGGCCAGCCCAAGUAUAACUAGACAAGUCAUUGACGUCAACAUUGCAGCGAAUCAACAUGCGUCCAUCAACGCUUUAGAGGAUAUUGCUAAUUUUGCUAUGAAACAUCAACAUGCACUUUACGCGGCAAGAAAAGACAGGAAAAUGGAAUGCGGUUCUAUUAAAAGUGUGAGCCCCAUCGACUGUGACAUCUGCGAGUACCUUGUUGAAGAGUUGAGCGACCUUGUGGCCAAAGGUUCGACGCAGGAAGAUAUAGUUAAAGUUUCAACUGAAGCAUGCAUUGGAUUUAAGAUAGAGGAUGAUAGAGUUUGUCGAGCUGUGGUCCAAGAAUUUAAGGAUGAGCUCUUCGGGGUUUUGUUGGGACUAGCCUACUCGCCAAAAGAAGUAUGCACUUACGUGUUAGGAACUGACUGUGGAGAGCCUUAUAACCCGAACGCAAUGUGGAAUGUUACAUUUCCUGAUGUCCCCAAGCCACCGGUAGUUCAGCCAUCAUUGCCAAAGCCGGAUUCUCCAAAAUUGCGGGUUUUACAUCUGACAGAUUUUCAUAUGGAUAAAGAUUAUAUGGAAGGAGCGAACGCUGAAUGCGGAGAACCUUUGUGCUGUAGAAUUGAAGAUGGACCUCCGGCAUCUGGGGACGCAGGGGCAGGAAAAUAUGGCGACUAUAGAAGUUGUGACAGUGCUCCAGUAACAGUGGACAAUUUGUUCCAACAUCUCACUUCUAUUAAAGACGAGUUCGAUUACGUCAUAUUCACUGGUGAUAUUCCUGCGCAUAAUAUCUGGAACCAGACGAGAUCUGAGCAAACUUCCGCCAUGGAUGUUUUCACAAAAUAUAUGAAGACAUAUUUACCAAACAAGAUUGUUUAUAACACUCUAGGUAAUCAUGAAAGUGCCCCUGUUAACAGUUUUCCACCCCCGUUUGUGACUGGUUUUAACAACGAGGCAUGGCUGUACAACGACACGGCAGAGAAUUGGUUAAACUGGUUACCAGCCGACACAGAAACAACCAUUCAAAAGGCGGGAUAUUACUCAACUAGACCUUUCUUUGGGCUGAAAAUCAUCUCGCUUAAUAUGAAUAUGUGUAAUAACGGAAACUGGUGGUUAUAUAUCAACGCCACAGAUCCAGCUGGUAUGUUACAGUGGUUUAUAUCAGAACUUCAAGAAUCAGAGGACGCUGGUGAAAAAGUACAUGUGUUAGGACAUAUAUACCCCGGAUGUAGCUGCUGCCUUAAACCAUGGAGCUGGAAUUAUUACAAGAUUGUAAACAGGUACGAAAAUACAAUAGUUGAACAGUUCUUUGGGCAUACGCAUGCCAUGACCUAUCAGAUGUUUUAUGACGAAGAAACAUCGCAGCGCCCCCUGGGUGUCACCUAUAUGCCCGGAAGUAUUACUACAUACUCGAACUUGAAUCCAGGCUUUAGAAUCUACGAAAUUGAUGGAAACUAUGCUAACUCAACAUGGAGAGUACAAGAUUACACGAACUAUUUUCUUAAUCUAACACAUGCAAACCUUUAUGGUGAAGUAACCUGGCAGAAAGAAUAUUCGGCUAAAGAUUCCUAUAAAAUGACGUCAUUGUUCCCAAAAGACUGGAAUGAUCUUAUCUACAGAAUGAAAGCAGACGACACUUUAUUCCAGAUAUUCUGCAGACACAAUUCGAAGUCAGCCCCGACCAAAUGUAGCACGUGUACUGGACAGUGCAAGAAAGACUUUCUCUGUGGUCUGAAAUCUGGGCGAAACGGUGACCCUGACAUUUGUAACGAUUUAUAAAAAGAGAAUAGUAGCAGUGGACACAUAAACAAUUAGUGCAAUACCGACCAUUAUAUGGUUAUAUAUUUAUUUUAUUUACGAUAUAUUUCUAUUACUGUCUUUAUAAUAUAAAGUAAAUUGGUACGAUUCCUGUGGAGGCAUUGACACA